GGUCUUUCAAUUGCAUUGUUUCGCAUCCAAUGUCCGAGCAUCGGCACUAGACCCAAUUCUAAUGUUGUACCAAUCUGCCGCUGGGAUCCAUUGGGGUGACGAGGCUGAGCAUUCCAUCUAUAGAUGAUGUUCCGCUUGCCAAAUUGUGGAAUAACCUUCAAUCAAGAACGCCACGAAGCGUAUCAAAUCCUCGUUGCAUCCACUCAAGAAGGUUCAACGCCAAGGUCAAUCGCAAUUCAAAAGUUCACUGCACCAGUCAAGCAACCUCGUCAUAUGCAACCUUGCACAAACGCCUUUCAAAUUCUUGCGCGACAUAUGACUUUGACUGACGCUUUACGCAGCCUCCGUCUUAUCAUGUCUUUCGAGGUGUUAACAACUGAAAUAAAUGAAAUCGAAGCCCAAGGCGUAUGCAUUUGAGCUUACUGCUCCACUGUAAUCCGAACUACAAAUGUCUAAAUCCGAUCUGUUGGAUCUCUUCUUUGGAUAGCUUCGUUACUGCCUCUGAUCGUCCGGUCACCUAUGAUUC